GUUUUGAACGAAUCGUACGCGGGAAACUAUUAAUCGCUUCAGCUGGACAACAGAGGAGGUCGGUGUUGGAUAUAAAUUAAGAUGAAGGUGGUAACGUGUGAGAUUGCGUGGCACAACAAGGAGCCCAUCUACAGUCUGGACUUUCAGCACAGCUCAGAUGGACGCAUUCAUCGGCUGGCAACAGCUGGAGUGGACACCACAGUCAGACUGUGGCGGGUAGACACGGGCCCAGAUGGGAAGGCGGUGGUGGAGUUUCUGUCUAAUCUGGCCAGACAUACCAAGGCUGUGAACGUAGUGCGCUUCAGCCCCAGUGGAGAGCUGCUUGCUUCAGGAGGAGAUGAUGCAGCGAUUCUGCUGUGGAAGCUCAACGACUCUAAGGAGCCGGAGCAGGCGCCUGUGUUCCAGGAGGAUGAAGAUGCACAGCUGAACAAAGAGAGCUGGUCUGUGGUCAAGACAUUAAGAGGACACAUAGAGGAUGUGUAUGACAUCUGCUGGACACGGGAUGGAAACUUCAUGGUGUCUGGGUCUGUCGACAACACAGCUAUUAUGUGGGACAUCAACAAAGGACAGAAGCUGUGUAUCUUGAAUGACCACAAGAGCUACGUGCAGGGCGUGACCUGGGAUCCUCUGGGGCAAUACGUGGCCACUCUCAGCUGUGACAGAGUGAUGCGUGUGUACAGCACUCACACCAAGAAGAAAGCCUCCUGUAUCAGUAAAAUGAGCUCUGGGCCACUUGCAGAGGGAGAGGUCAAGCAGUACAGAAUGUUCCACGAUGACAGCAUGAGGUCGUUUUUCCGACGUCUUUCCUUCACACCAGAUGGGUCUUUCCUGCUCGCCCCAGCUGGAUGUGUGGAGAUCGGAGAGAACAUCAUAAACACCACCUACAUUUUCUCCAGAAAGGGCCUCAAGAGGCCCAUCGCCCACCUGCCGUGUCCGACUAAAGCGACACUGGCUGUGCGCUGCUGCCCCGUCUACUUUGAACUGAGGACUAAGAAGGAAGAAGAUGGUUCUACUCAGGUUCUUCCCAACGUAUUCCAGUUGCCGUACCGCAUGGUGUUUGCUGUAGCAUCUGAGGACUCCAUCUUCUUGUACGACACACAGCAGACCCUUCCUUUCGGCCUGGUGUCCAACAUCCACUACCACACACUCAGCGAUCUUACAUGGUCUCGUGACGGUUCCUUCCUGGCUGUAUCCUCCACAGACGGCUACUGCUCCUUCCUGUCCUUCUCUCCCGGGGAGCUGGGCACUCCGCUGAAGGAGCCCCCCACCCUGGAGAUCUUUGCUCCAAGCAGUGGUGUUGAGAAAAAGGGCAAGAAGUCAUCAGCGGCCAAAACCUCCCCUGUGACCCAGCCACCAAGCUCAGCCCCGAGUCCCACAUCCCAAACCAGCCAGACGAAAGACACCCCCUCUGUCACUCCCCCAGAGGAGAAGAAGAGCACGCCAAAUGCCAAGCCUAAACCUCAGCCCCGCAGGAUCACCCUCAACACCCUGGAGGGAUGGGGGAAGCCCUCUUCCCCUAAAACCACAGCACCUCAGACCCCAACAUCUGCAAGCACAAGCGCACCUUCUACUCCACAACCUCGCAUCACCCCUCUCACCCCAACCAACUCCUCCAAAACCCAGCCACGUGUCGCCCCCCUCACGCCCUCCACCCCUAAAAACCUGGACAGUCCUAAUAAGGCAUCUUCCACUACUCCUAAGGGCGCAGCCACCCCAAAGGGGCCCACCCCAAGGAGAGUAUCUCUGACUCCCGUUGCACCCCGAUCUCCAGCUGUCGGUUCACUCUUCCGCACUCCCUCAUCCACUGAGAAGGCCAAACAUGAGCGUCCGUCUCCUCCCACUGAUCCAGUGUGCCAGCCUCCAGAGUCCAAAAGGCCCAAGACCAGUGAGCCCAAGUCGAAGACCGGUGCCAAACAGUCUUAGUGUCCACUGGGAACAGUGUGGUGCUGUGAUAUCAGAAAAGAGUACAAACUGCAGAGGACAACAGUUAAAGAAGCUUCGGUACAAAACGACUAGGACUCCCCACGGAUGCAACACCACAGUGCAACAGCAUGUGUGUGGUCUGAUAUUGUCUGUACUUGAUUUAACUAGCUGAAUCUUUAACCUCACAGAAUGUACUCGGUUGUAAACAAACUGCAUUGCAGUAGAUGGCCUUUGAUUUAAUACCUAUUUUAGUCGUGUGUUUUUCUGUAUCAAAUGGCAAUCAGAUAAUGGUGUUAUGAUUGAAUUGUGUAACAUUUAGGUGGCUGAGUGCUAUUGUAAAAAGGAAAGUUGUGUCGUGAUUGUGACUCUAAAACUGAAUUCAAAACCUGAAAAGAAAGAAACAGAAGCACCUCAAGGUUUAGUGCCUUGUGAAAGCUUUGAAUAUACAGCCUGGGUCUUUAUUUGCUUCAGACUGCAGGCCAGCAAGGUGAGCGAAAAGCUCCAAAUUGUAAAGUCUUUUUCUCAUUGUCUAAUAAAGGACG